CUGGUGCCUGAAGUGGGAGGAGAAAACCCUGUCCGUGCCUAUGCAGUGGGGUUCCUGUAUAAAACUGUUCGUUGCCUCCCUCCCAGCACUAUCUCCUCUUAAACACUCUCCCUUUUAAUAGAGCCCAACAGGUUUUAUCAGCCACUGCCUUCUGUCCCCCGGGGAAGACAGCCACCUUUAAAGAAAACUGAGCACCUCCCACCACUUAACAUCAAAAACUACUUAAAAUAAAGAUUAUUGGAAUGUGAGUUCAAUUGAAAUCCUGAUAUUAUAAGUGCUUUCUGACUCCUUCUGAAAGACUCAUCAGGUGCAACUUCCAGAAUAUGCACAGGAUGUUACUUUCAGCAUACACGGGCCUUUCUGGGGGCAUGUCUGAUGCUGGAGGAGGCUCACUGUGAGGCCCCCAGAAAUGUUUGUCAAAAGAGUCAAUGCUUCUGGCAAAUGCAUAGGUGAAAUUUGGGGACAGCAGAGCCCACCCCAAGACUGUUUCAAGGAGACCACGAGGACAGGCGGUGUACUGCCUCAUCGAGCCCUAACGCCUACAGCACACGCUGGCACACAGAAGCUGUUCCCCGCACUGCUUGUUGACUUGAACAGAAUCUUGGGCGGUACUAACAUGCCUGAGCCCAGGCUGGAAGACAAAGAAACUCCACUUCCACGAGUCUGACUCUGCCUCCCCUUGAACCACAAAGGCUGGGCCAACUUGAGUUGGUGUUGGUACCCAAGACGGAGCUCUCGUAGUUUGCCUGAAGCGUUUCUGAACCUGAAUCCCAUCCUCUUCCUCUGGAGCAUGAUCUGCUAACCUCCUGCCAGUGGAGAAACACAGCAGAACAAAAUCUAUGUCUGGUCUCUGAGCAGGAUGGUUUGCCACCACUUUUCUCCAGCAAAGUAAAACCAACAGGUACUCGCCGUUCCCCCUGCCAUCGGCAAACUCUUGGCUGACGGAGACGUCUGCAAGCCCUGCUAGAGGCUGCAUCGCCUCUCCUGCCUCCCUCCAUCUUUCAUUCACCUGCUCAUCCGUGCCAGGGCGCACACCUGUUGAUUCACAUAUUUUUGCCCUUUGUCAUGUACGGAGAGAAAGGAAGGAUGAAUGGACGGUCUUUGACUGGCGGUGCUGGUGACGCCCCUCAUGGGCCUCUUUGGACGGACCGUUUUGGAAAUAAAGCUGGGGAGGCAGCGCACAGAGGCUUCGCCUGGGGCAGCUCGGCCCUUCCCGACGGGCCGGAAGAACAGGAGCCAGAGGACGAGAUGGCCAUGGAGGACAGCCCCAGUGUUGUUAAAGUGGACCAGGGUGAAAACCAGGCUUCACUGUGUCGAGGGAAAAGGUGCUUCCCCAGGGCACUUGGCUACUUCACAGGCGAUAUGAAGGAAUUUGCCGACUGGCUAAAAGACAAACCUGUGGUGCUUCAGUUCAUCAACUGGGUUUUCCGGGGCAUAUCCCAAGUGGUUUUCGUCAACAACCCCAUCAGUGGAAUCAUGAUUCUGGCGGGGCUUCUGGUCCAGAACCCCUGGUGGGCUCUCACUGGCUGUGUGGGCACCGUGUUCUCCACGCUGACCGCCCUGCUGCUCGGUCAGGACAGGUCAGCAAUAGCAGCGGGGCUCCACGGCUACAAUGCCACCCUGCUGGGGAUACUCAUGGCUGUCUUUUCAGACAAGGGAAACUACUUCUGGUGGCUCUUACUCCCUGUAUCUGCCAUGUCCAUGACUUGCCCGGUUUUCUCGAGUGCCCUGAGCUCCAUGUUCAGCAAUUGGGACCUCCCUGUCUUCACCCUGCCUUUCAACAUGGCGUUGUCAAUGUACCUCUCUGCCACCGGACAUUACAAUCCAUUUUUUCCAAGCAAACUGGUCACACCUGUAGCUUUUGUUUCCAAUGUCACCUGGUAUGACCUCAGUGCUCCGGAGUUGUUAAAAUCUCUGCCAGUGGGUGUUAGUCAGAUUUUUGGCUGUGACAACCCGUGGACAGGGGGCAUUUUCCUGUGCGCCAUUCUCCUCUCCUCCCCCAUCAUGUGCCUGCACGCUGCCAUCGGGUCGCUGGUGGGGAUAGCAGCAGGGCUUAGUCUUUCUGCUCCGUUUGAGGACAUCUACUCUGGACUUUGGGGUUUUAACAGCUCCCUGGCCUGCAUUGCAGUUGGAGGAAUGUUCAUGGCACUGACUUGGCAAACCCACCUCCUGGCUCUUGCCUGCGCCCUGUUCACUGCCUACCUGGGAAUCAGCAUGACACACAUGAUGGCGGUGGUUGGACUGCCAUCUUGUACCUGGCCCUUCUGUUUGGCCACACUGCUGUUCCUCUUGCUGAAGUCGAAAAAUCCCAGUAUCUACAGGAUGCCCCUCAGCAAAACCACUUUUCCUGAAGAAAACCGCAUCUUCUACCUUCAAGCUAAGAAAAAGAUGUUUGAGAGCCCUUUGUGAAAGCAACACCCAUCCAGGGCUACGGUCACCAGUCAUUUCUGAUUAACUGCUCCCAUUGACUUCCAGGGGCUAGAAAACUGUUGUUUUUCACUAGUAACAACUUUCUUACUAACCCCUCAGCCAUCUGUUCUUAUGCUCAUUUUGGACUUUUCUUUUCGACUCUAGGAACAUCCCCAUGCAUGUAAGAGACAUGUCCAGGUGAUAUGUUCUGGCUAUGGAAUUUCAAGCCCCAAUGGGAGGUUGGAGCUAAGACUGUAUCAUAUUUAUAAAAAAAAUGUUCCAGCAGAAAGAAGAAGUGAGGCUAGAGCCAAUUAUUGAUAUUUAUUGAUAUUCUGGAUGCUUGGUUGACUAAAUGAGGUUAACAGUAUUAAAAAUUAAGCUCUAUAAGCCAGCUAAGCCUUAAGGGAAUGAAAUUCAGAGUCACAAAAUCGAAAUCAACACAGAAUGCUCAAAUAACCAGUUUGGACUUUAAAAAAAAAAGAAAAAAAUCAAUGCAAGUUACACAUUAUAGCUGCGAUCAGCAUCUCAGGGGUGAGGCCAAUGGCUGAGAUUGUCUCUCAGCUCCUCAGGACAAACACUUCAAAGCUGUCUGUUGUGGACGUGGCAUUCCCUUGCUCAGGAGAUGGUUCGGUUUUUUUCAAACUGACAGAAGUACAGAAGGGAGAAAGGGAGUUGUCAGCCAAAACUUCCCUGCAUUGCCACUAUUCUUGGAGACUGCAAACAAUUUUUUUAAGUGGGCUUUAUUAUUUUUUCUUACGAGAAUAGAGUUUUUUCCAAUGAAAUAAAAUAAGAACUUCCUGGCUUAACCAGUUCCUAGAUACUAAAGAAAAGUUAUAUAUUUACAAAAUACUCAACAUGGCUAUUUUCACUUUAAUCUUUAAGUUGAUGUUGUCAAUGCCACAAAUGUAUAGAAUCAAGUCAUCAACCCCCAUAGGCCCUUUAAACUCACAUUUCAAUUCGUUCAAGGAUGUCUUACAUGUUAUAAAGACCAGAGGUUAAGAUCAGAUUGCUUAUGGGUGUUACUUUUAGGACUGUUGAAUUUCUUUUUUUGAAAAAACUCAUUUUCUGCAUGCUUGCAAUAUUCUGUUCUCAGAAACCAAUGGUAUUUGAACCACCAAAAACAAUACAGGCAAAGAAUUCUCCUGGUUUUUUGUUUUUGUUUUUGUUUUUUUAAUUUAAAAGUUAUCAACACUAUAAAAAUUUUAUUACCAAACAUGCUGAAGAUGGUGGUGGAAAGUUUAUGCUCAUUACCUUCCAAGCUUCCACUUUACUUAUCCUUUCAAGAUUUUUGAUUGAAAAAGUGAAAUUUUGGAAUCCUCAAGUCCCGUCCCGUCCCCCCACCCCCACCCCUUUGGGCUUACAGUGCUCAGUGCAAGAUACACAGUUUCUUGAGUGAAUACACAGAAAAAGGGAAGUUAACCUACAAAUAUUUCAGGGGAAAGUUCACCCCUACCUUUUCUCAGGAAAACAAACAUUAUUCCCAUUUUAAAGCCCUGCGACCAAAGACUUUUGAAACCAUGAAUUUGCAGUGCUCACGAAUAUAUUUAUAUUCCUGUGGAAAAACUACAUAAUAGGUGUUUGAACUGAAAACUCCCUUGUUGGGGAAUUUGUGAAGUAAGAGUUGGAGGAAACAAAUAACACAAGCAUAACCAAAGAUAACCAGGAGCGAAGAAUCUGUGCUGUGGUUGAGAGAACCAGAGGCCUCCAAAAUGGCCCAAAACAGAUCGGCAGAGCAAGGUCUCCUAGGGCGCUAAUUAUAGCAGCUUCUCCUGACGCAGACUUGUAAAUAGGCGCAUUUUAAAGCCUUGUAAAUUGUAUAACUUAAAUGUUAUUAAUUUUCUGAAGCUGUUUUUUUAAAUUAAAUAUCCUAAACUCAAGUGAGUAUUUGAUUCGUUUUCUUAGAGAGCAUUUAUAUUUUUUCUAUGGCCUCUAUAACAAACUUCUGUGUAAGUCACUAAUAAACUAUACACACAGCUUA